UCAGCAAUGUUUGAGUAGUUUUGCACUUUUUGGCCGUAAUUUGCGUUCAUUUGUGGCAUUCAUUGAGUGAUUUGUUUGCAAACAGUGGACGAAGUGUUGAGUUGUGAUCGCAAACACAUCCCAAGAAUGUCUGCCAUUGAGACCAAGUGUGAGGUGACGGCCAGCGCAUCACCACUGAGUCAAGGGAUGUGUCGACUCAGUGACUGUCAGUGUUGUGUCAAUGGUGACCCGAAGGAGACAAUCAUCUCUUGUUUGACGCAAAUGAUUGAUAUCUACGAGAAGACCAUUGAACUGAUGGACACUAAUAGAGAUUCGGGAGAUAUAGACGACAAGGAGUCGAGUGCUCGUCAAGUGCUGUCAAAACGGUUAAGACAAUUGACACCAAUGUUGGUGAGGGCGAGAAGAGUACAGCCAUCGGAUCCCAAGAGUACACUAGAGUUGUGCACAUCGUUGAGUAACCUAUUCUUCCAGACAUAUAACAACGAUAUCUUUCACAUGCAGCCCAACACGUAUGACAGGUAU